GAAAACCCCACAGAAGACAUUCAUUCUUUCUCUGUGAUAAAACCCUGCCUGCUACCAACAUCCUCUCCACACAAAACCAUGAAGGCUUCAUUCAGAGGAAGCUACGACGCCGACAACUCCGACGCCACCGGCUCCGUCGCAUUCAACGCCGGCGCCCUCAACUUACGAGCUUCCGUCACCGGCGACACCUUAACCAACACUCCGUCCUUAAACAACCUCACUCUCUCCGUAGAAAACCCCGGUCUCUUCAACAUCGACUACAACCUCCCCAAAAAGGAUGUGAAGUUUCAGUUUAUGAAUAGCGUUAGGGUUAACGAUAAGCCGUUGAACUUUACGUACACGCAUUCGGUGGCUGAGAACAGGACGGUGUUGGACGGUACGCUCAUGUUGGAUUCUAAUCAUAAGGUUUCUGUGAAUUACGGAUUUCAGCCUAGGGAUUGUAAGGUGAAGUAUAGUUUAGGUUGUGGAUGUGAGACUACAGUUGAGCCGAGUUAUGAUUUUGGGGAUAAUUCGUGGGAUUUGGCUGUGUCGAGGAGGCUUUAUGAUGGUUCGGUGGUUAGGGGCUCUUAUCAGUCAUCUACCAAGGUUUUGGGGAUGGAUUUUAGAACCAAGGCUGCUGCUGGUGGAAGCUUUAAGGUUACUGCAUCAGUCAAUUUAGCAGAGGAGAAGAAGAUACCAAAGUUAACUGCCGAGAGUAUCUGGGAUUUCGAGAUGUAAUUGCUGCAAUGCAAUUGGGAAAAAAAGACAGUUCUAUUAGUAAGUUCUUUUGCUUAUAUUUUAUAAAAAUGGAAGGCUAGAAUUGUUCUUGUAUAUAGACCUGCGUAUUUUUGGGUUCUUUUUCCUUUGAAUUCAACUUACUUCAAGAGAAUUUAUGGAUGAUCCAUUUUGAUGAGA